AUGGCCGGAGUCGCUUCUGUUGUACUUGAUACUCUCACUACACAAUUUCUGCGAUCUAUUGCCAAAGAACUUGAUAUGGAAUCCGAAACAUCGGCAAUGAACAUAUUACGUGCAUAUUUGGAAAAUCGUAACAAUAUGGAUAUGGUUCUGAAACAAAUUGAACGAAAAGGCAGUGUUAAUCGUAUUCUCGUCAUUGGACAAACUGGUGCCGGUAAAAGUAGUUUGGUUAAUCUUUUAGCUGGAAAAAAAGUAGCAAAAGUUUGUGAUGGUGCCAAUGGAUGUACAUUUAAAUUUGAAACUCAUCAAUGUGAUUAUAAUGGAGAAUUGUUCGAAUUAAUUGAUACAGUUGGUUUAAAUGAAGGUUCUAAAGGCACUGUCAGACCGAAGGAUGCAAUGAAAAUGUUAAUCAAGUUCAUCAAAGGCAAUAAACGAGGAUUUAGCUGCAUUAUCUUUGUUAUGCCAAAAGGUCGAAUAACUGAAUCAUUUGAAAAAAAUCAUAUGCUCUUUUGUCAAACUCUAUUAAAUGGUCAAACACCUGCAAUUCUUUUUUUAAGUCAUUGUGAAGCAGAUGAACCAAUGAACACAUGGAUAAAUAACGAAGAAAACAAAAUUGCAUUAGAACUUUAUGGUUUUUCUGAUGUUGUAUGUGGUACUGCUCAAGAAGGUGGUCGAUUUGCUCAGAUUGUUGAACCAUUACGAAAUGAAACUCGACGAUGUUUAUGGGAAUCUAUUGCUAGAAAUAUGUUAGAAGUUCCACGUCCAAUUGAACCGACAAUGCAUCUCUUCAAACAGAUAUGGAAUUCUUUCUGCGAUUUCUUUGGUAUUAACUGGAAAUUUUUAACAGAUCAGUUUGCUUCUUUUCUCGAAUAUCUCAAAUCAUUAGGUGUUGAUCAAGAAACACUUGAUCAAAUCAAUAUCACGCUUCAUUGA